AUGGGUGAAGCAAAACGUGGCAAUGCAACACAGAUGCAGUUAUCUUUGCUGGACGAAUUCAAGCACAAAGAACUUGCAAGAGGAUCUUUCAUGAAAACCGAAAAUGGUAAAGAUAAGUGCAGCAAACUGUGGAUGGACAUGAUAACGAAGCUCAACGCCGUUGGCCCACCUGUUAAAACGGUCGCUGAAUGGAAGCGGGUCUGGCCGACCCGGAAAUACAAAACGAAGACAAAAUUGUCUUCGAAUAAAAAAUCUCCUAAGAAAACAGGAGGAGGACCGUAUUCGGUGGAAGAGUUAACAUUCGCCGAUGAAUCGAUAAUCGAAGCCUGUGGGCUGGAAGCAACCGUUACUGGUAUUCCGGGUGUUGCUUCCUACGGUUUCAAUAGCGAGAUGGAGGAGGAAGAUGAUCGCGGCGACGAGGAUAUUCCAACCGACGAUUACUUAAUGGAAUCUGUGUUUGACCAUCAGACGACAGAUCCGAGCUUGACCACCACACCACGAGCCCCCAAACGACAGAAAAAGAGUGUGCAACUGUUAGAAAAACAAGUCGAAAUAAGCCAACAAUUUCUGGAUACAGGCAGUGAUGCCUUACAAAACAUAAAAAGUUCUCAAGCGGACGUGUCUAUGCAUUUGCGAUCACUAAAACAUGAUUUUCGAAAACUAGUAGACCUAAAACGAAAAGAGUUCAAGGAUAAAAAUAAUUAUAGAAAAGAGAAAUUAAAAUUGCUAGAAGAAAGGCGUAUUGAAAAAAGAGCAAUUGAAGCUCCAAAAAUUGAACAUCGAAGUAUUACAAACUACAAAUGA